AUGCCAUUGACAUCAUUAAAUGAAACCUCCGCAUUAGAAGAGGAGUCACCGUCAUUUCUGGACAGCUCACAAGGUAAAGCCACUCUUUGUGUUUACAUGUUAACGUUUAUCUUGGGCUCAAUUGGCAAUGUCCUCGUACUGUUAGUAGUACAAGGUAAAAAACGUCGAACAAUUAAUGAUUUGUUUAUUGUAAAUCUGGCCAUAUCCGAUCUUCUUAUGAUUGGUUUUCUCCCUGUGUACACGGCUAGACUUUUCGUCAAGUUUCACCAUAGCACGGCGUUCUGCAAGACAAUAUCGCCGUUAGCCACCAUGACGUUUUUUGUUAGUGUGUUCACACUUACGUCCAUGGCAAUCCAUCGAUGUUAUGUCAUUACAAACCCAUUUAAGCCUGAGAUACGUAAGUGGAAGAUUAUUGGCUGGUUAAUUGGUUUAUGGCUGGCAUCUUUCCUGGCUGUGCUUCCUCUAGUGAUUGUGGCUCAGGGUGAUUUUGGAACAGAGUGCAACGAGGGAUGGCCUUCUGAAAAGGGACGAAAGGCAUACACAGCUUCCUUGUUUGUCCUGCAAUAUUCGCUUCCCUUGACUGUCAUUAGUGCCGCAUACAUAAGAAUCGCAGUGGAUUUGCUUAAAUCGAGUACAGAGCGAUUCGGACCUGGAAAAAGUCUCAACAAUAAUACCCGGCGUGUACGCAAAGAAGACAUUCAGAUUUUAAAAACGAUUGCGGUUAUUGUGUUGGUAUUUGCAAUUUGCUUGUUACCCGUUCAGCUUUCCUGGAUGAUGACUGAUUUUGGUGGCGAAAGAGAGAAACAAAUUGCAAAAGACGUGUUUUUGAAGUUCGAUUUUCUUCUUUCUAUUAUUCAUAGCUGCCUCAAUCCGCUCGUCUAUGGAACGCUCACGAGACGCUUCAGAAGAGGUUACAUAAAAUACCUAAUAUGUCUGUGUCCUUGCAUCAAAAUGCGUUUGGCUGAUAUCCAGAGCACGGCUGGUCCGUCACAAAAUAACUCUCUACGCAAACAGAACGGUAAAGCUCAUGUCCAUGACCACGAGGACAAGAUUUGGUUUGCGGUAAACGGAAGUCCUGAACACGAAACUAAAAGCACAGACGUUUAA